AUGACGACUCCAGCGGGGGUCGGACAUGACACUCCGGUCUAUGAGUACAUGACAUGGUACAUGCGUAUCACUCGCUCCUUGAUUGCCAACCCCUCAACGCCGCAUCCUGAUGGCCGAGGAUAUGCAUCACUCUCAGGAGCGUAUGAGGCGCUGGAGUGGCAUCCUGUCGAUGAGGAUGUUCCAGAGCCUGCACCAGAGGGUGUUCCUGAGGGUGGUAGGGUUGAUAGAGGUGGUAGGGCUGAUAGAGGGGGUCGAGCUGAUAGAGGUGGUCGGGCUGGCAGAGGUCUAGUAGAUGAACCUGACGAUAUAGCCUGUCAGCCUCCGUCGGCUACAGAUAUCCAGUCGACUUAUUCUUCCAGGCCGUCAACUUCACAGAGACCUGGAUAUACGCCAGAGAUGUUCCCACAUUAUGAUCCUUGGUCAUUAUUUCCACAGGUGCCAGUUCAUUCUUCUACGUCUGUGGACCCGCCUCCUCUUGUUCAGAUUGACCCGUCUCCACCUCCAGCUGAUAGAGGUGGUAGGGCUGAUAGAGGGGGUCGAGCUGAUAGAGGUGGUCGGGCUGGCAGAGGUCUAGUAGAUGAGCCUGACGAUAUAGCCUGUCAGCCUCCGUCGGCUACAGAUAUCCAGUCGACUUCUUCUUCCAGGCCGUCGACUUCACAGAGACCUGGAUAUACGCCAGAGAUGUUCCCACAUUAUGAUCCUUGGUCAUUAUUUCCACAGGUGCCAGUUCAUUCUUCUACGCCUGUGGACCCGCCUCCUCUUGUUCAGAUUGACCCGUCUCCACCUCCAGCUACAGGUCCGAGUAGCGCUCAGGAGACAGCUGAGGAGCCAGCUAAGGAGCCCUCUGGCCAGCCAUCUCAGGAGGCCGUUCAUUCUUCUGCUCCUGUGAUCCAGUCUCCUUCGAUUGAGUCAUCUCCUGAGGCAUCUACUGAGACUACUCGGGUGGAGACCGCCGUCGUCUCCCACAGGAAGCAUAUUUUCACUCAGGGCCUGAAGAAGGGAAAAAAGGAUGAUCAUGCCAUAAAUCAUCCUGUCAUUAAGAGGAGGAGAGAGGAUCCUGAUGAUAGUGAGGGUAGUGGGGUUGGCCUUAAGCAUUAG